UUUGACUACAUUUACCAUAGUAAAAAAGUAUUUUAUGAUUGACUAUCAAUUGUCAUGAUAAUAAUAUUGAAUACUGUGGGCGGCCGGGGGGGAGUUCGCAGAGUAGUCAAGUGCCUACCAUGCCUACCGAGUGCGCACGCUUAUGACCACAUUUCAGAGCAAUACUAUGGCUGUCAGUUGUUGUGGUUGUUAUUGUGAAUUCGUAACCAACAGACAACAGCUGCAGCAGCUAUGUUGUGUAAUGAGAAUUGCGUGUUAUUCUGUGUAAUCAAUCAUUGAUAACGUUUAUUUUAAUGGAUAUUCAAUCUUUUACUAUAUUUCAUUUUGGAUUUUGAAUGAGCAAUGGAUUUCAAUUUUGAAAAUUGUAUCAAAGAAGGUUUGAAAAAUUUGACAAUUACACCUGCAGCUAAAAAUAAAAAUGAAGAAGAAUAUUUCAAAGAAGUCAUGCAGCAAGAUAAUACAGGAGUUAUUAUACUUAAGAGGUUAUCUGGUAGUGAUCUACCAAUAUUUUAUAUACCACAAAUCACCGAAGAAGUCAAUGUUUUUAAAGCUCAGCUUAGAGCUGAAGCACGCGGUCGUUUUUUUGAAAGAGAGCUGUCGAGACUAUUAACUAGUGAAGAGUUAAAAUAUAUGUGGUCAUUGCUUCAAGAGCAUCAGACACCGUUGAAUGAUUUUAUUCAUAACCAAUACAUAAAUUAUAAAAGUUUUAUUCAAGUCAAACAAAAAUUAAAUGAUAAAUACAAAUUGUUUUUCAACCCUAGUAUAUUUCUACAGUUACAAGACAGUAAGAUGAAAGGUUAUUUAUCAAUAGAUACGUUCUUUAAUUAUAUAAUGAAAAAAAUAUGGAUAGACCAAACUAGAAAUGGUCUUUCUCAAUAUGAUUCAAGUGGUUGUGGUUAUUUAAGUGAAGCGGAUUUUGAAGCUUAUAUUUUAGAUCUUAUACCUACAUUAACACAGUUGAAGAAAUUAGAAAAAAUGUUUUAUUCAUUUUAUUCAUGUAUGGUUGUAAGAAAAUUUUUUUUCUACUUGGAUCCUCUACGAACUGGAAAAAUACAAAUCAUUGAAAUCUUAUCUUGUGGUUUUCUUGAUGAGCUCUUGGAGCUCCGCGAAGAAAAUUGGAGUAAGGAAUUACAGAAAAAAAAUUGGUUUUCUGUUCCCUCUGCUCUUCAUAUUUAUUCAUCAUAUUUAGAAUUGGAUAAAGAUCAUAAUGGAUUGUUGAGUCGCCAAGAAAUAACAGGGUAUAAAUCAGGUGCUCUCACUUCAGUAUUUUUAGAUAGAGUGUUCCAAGAUGCAUUUACAUAUGCUGGUGAAAUGGACUACAAGGGUUAUUUGAACUUUGUAUUGGCUACAGAAAAUCGGCAUGAACCUCAAUCUCUACGAUAUUUAUUUAAAUUUUUAGAUAUAAAGAAUCAAGGAUACUUGGAUUCAUUUACCAUCAACUAUUUUUCUAGGGCUGUUGCCGACAGAUUACCAAAGGAGCAACAACAGAUGGUUUCAUUGGAAGAUAUAAAAGAUGAAAUAUUUGAUAUGAUCAAGCCAGAAGAUCCAAAUAAAAUAACUUUAAAAGAUAUCAUACGCAGUAAGAUGGGUCAUGUAUUGGUGAACAUUUUGAUAGAUUUUAAUGGAUUUUGGUCUUAUGAGUUCAGAGAAACUCUAGCAAAUAAUCGUAUCCCUGACAAUAACUUUAACGAGAGUUUUGUUACACAUUAACAUCACAAAAUUCAACACAUUUAUAAAUUAAGUAUAAUAUAACUAUUAAGCACAUCAUUUGUUUUGUAAUUUAUUUCUUUAUAACAUUCUUUCCAUCGUUUAAAUUCUAUACAUGUAUUUUAUCAACUAUUUAAUGGUAUUAAAUGUAUAGUAGAAGGUAGAAUAUAUUUGUGUAAGUCAUUUUUUUUAUUAAGAAUCUCAACAUAAAUGUUAUGAAUAAGUAAAUAUAAAAAAUAUAUACUAUAAAGUCUUACUAUUGACUACAACCAUUAAUUAUACAUAUUUAUUUUUAAAUGUAAACACUGAUAUUUAUUAAUGUAAUUGGGUGUUUGUUACUAUUUUUGAUAAGUACAUUAAGUUCAUGCUAACUAUUACUAUUUCCACCUAUCUCAUAAAUAAAUAAAUUUAAAUAACUUCUACCUAAUUAUGAUAAAAUUGUAAAAAUGUUUUUAAUAUUAUAUACAAAGAGAACUGAAUAUUGCAACUAUGAUGAUUUAUGUAUACCUAAAUUAUAUUAAUAUUUCACCCGUACAAUAUUUGUUUAUAUUUUAUUUAGGAAACCUAGUUGCCAUUGUGUCUGCAGUAUUUAAUUAAACACUUAUAAAUUAUAAAUUGUAGUAAUUUAAUAGAAAAUAAAUAGUCUGAUGAUAUUGUGGUUGUACAAUGUACAUAUUUAUAAAAUGAACAUAAUUAUACUAUCUUAUCUUUGACACAAAAUUAUAUUCUACAUUUAAAACUAAAAUAUAAGUAGGUCCAUAGAGUUGUAUGAUCUGUUGAAUGAAAAACUGAUGUACUUUAUAGACUAUAUUUUACUACCAGUUCUAUAUCAAAUAUAGUAGCUGUUCUACAA